AGUUCGCCAUGUUUGCUGGUUUUAAACUCAUCAGACGUUAUCGCUUUUGACCUUGAAACUUCGGAAAUUAUUUCCGUUAAAUCGGGUCUGUCAAGGGCACUGACGUUGGAUUAUCAUUUCAGCUUGGGCUACAUAUUCUGGAGUGAUUUGAUUGAACAAAGUAUUAAACGUUUCAGCAUCUAUAAUGAGAAUAUGACAACGGUUAUUGUAAAUACUGGCGUUUGUGCUGGCCUGGCGGUAGAGUGGAGGACAUCUCGAUUGUACUGGACAGACAGUACAUUUAAAAAAAUAUCCGUAUCAGACGUUCAUGGCUUAAACCAACACAGCCUCAUUACGGAACUGGAAGAGCCCAGGGAUAUAGCUCUAGAUCCUGAUAGUGGGUAUGUUUUGACUUAUGAAAGUUAGAGAAAAAGUUUUUUUUUUGUUGCUAUUAUUAAUAUUUCUUAUCUUGCAAUGUGACAGCUUGAUGUUUUGGACUGACUGGGGCCACGGAGUUGAUCCCAAGAUUAUGAGAGCUUCAUUGAAUGGAAGUCAAAUACUUUCUGUUGUUAUGGUAAACCUUCAAGAACCUACCGGCAUUAAUCUCGAUUUUGGAAAUAGACGGAUUUUCUGGGUAAACUCAAGAACUGGCAUAGUGGAAUCUGUCAACUACGAUGGUGGUAACAGGAACGUCCUUUCCCAACAGAGUGGUCUACAACCGUCAGGAUUAGCGCUCUUCCCCUCAUUUCUUUUCUUGACCGUCUGGAAAGCUAUGAAACAACUAGAUGCCAUCACUGGAAAAAUGCUCCACAGCUACAGCAUCAGCGAUGAGAAGCCUAUCGAUAUUGUGCCAUACGAUGCC